AUGGAUCAAAUAUUGAUGAUAAUUGAUAGAGACCUUGCUGAAGUAGUUGAGAGACUCGAGGAGAUCACAGUGACUCCUGAAAUAGAUGGAAUUAUUGAUCUUAUUGAUGAAACUAUUGCGGACAUUGCGGAAAUAGCCUUCGAACGCGAAAGCGAAAGCAUGCCAACCCCAGUGACAUAUCGAGAUCGUGAGUCAAAUGAUGGAGAUAUUGCGGGCGUCAUUGAAAACUCGGGCAUUGUCACAUCUGAAUCUAACGAAGACCAAUUGGAACAAGAAUCCGAGAGCAAUUGCAGAACACUUGACUGCUACGAUAGCUGCUAUGGGUACAGAUAUAUGUUAGAACAUCAAUUUGAAAUCGUCAAAGUUCAGCAUGCUCUCCAUUCCGAACUCGUUGCGCUGGAUAGAGAAAAUCAGAAAGUUCGCGAGAAGUACGAAGCUUUGGUCCACCAAAUUCCCGGACUCUCAAGACUUUCUCUCCCACUCAAAGUAAAGAAGGGGUGUCUUUUUGACAAUUGGGAGCAUUAUAGUCCUGGGGGUGAAAUCUGUGAAUGCGAGUAUUGUUUCAACGACCUCAAAGAAGAACACAUCGAUUCGCUUGAAAUCAGAAAAAGCACACAACAGGCACUCAAAGGCUCGAGAAAGGAGCAUCGUCAGUUAAUCGAGGAGUAUGAUGCUUUCAAAAAGUUCAUGAGCAGAGACUCAUGA